AUGACAAGGCUGUGGCAGUUUCGAAUGGUCCUCUUUUUGACCGUCUCUGGGGCACUAUGUCAGGCGUACAAUGACACUUCCGACACAACGAAUACAAGAUCUUGUAGCAACGCAGCCGCCACACAAGAAUUCACUCCGUCAGUCAGGGUAAGACGAUGGGUACAUCAAUCUACCUUCCGAGGAACAUUCGACAUUCUUUGGACAAGCCUAGUCACCAUCUUCAUCAGCACGUACAGCAUGCUGUGUCUGAACGUUCCAGCGCCGACAGACAGCUAUACGAAGAGAUUUCGUCGCCGCCUCUUGUGGAUGGUCCUUGGGGUUCUAGGUCCAGAGUUCCCUCUCACAUACGCUGCGGGCCAAUGGAGUCGAGCUAAACACUCGGUCGAAGCUUUCCGCGCCUCUGGCUACGAAAGCUGGCAUAUGCGCCAGGCCUUCUUUGCUGACAUGGGUGGUUUCAUCCUUCAUAUCCGAGAUAGCAAACCAUUCCCACUGAACGCGACGCAAUUGCAUUGGCUCGUCAGGAACCAAUUCGUCGAUUACCCCGCUAUCACUCACAAAGAGGUUUGGGACAAGUCCAAGCAAGACACCUUCACCAAAGUCAUUACUGCCUUUCAAAUCGGCUACUUGAUACUCCAGUGUAUCGCUCGUGCUAUCCAAGGUCUAACGAUCACAACACUAGAAUUAAAUGCGCUGGCGAUUGUCGUUUGCUCUCUCAUGACCUCCUUUGUCUGGCUCCACAAGCCUGCAGAUGUUUCAACGGCCGUUCCCAUCUACUCUUCCCACUCCCUUGCCGAAAUUACCCUCAACAGGCCCUGGCGCCUCACGCCUCUCGAUUUCAUCGAUGAAAAUGGACCUGGAUACUCAGUCAACGUGCAGCCCUUUAUGAAGAUGCCAGUGAUACCUCCCGAACGACCUAUUCAACGGAUCCCGAAUGAUAGAUUUCCGAUGAACCCAUAUGGCACACAAGAGUACUUUUUGUGCUUUGCCACGUUGCUUUUCACAGCGAUCCACGUGGCGGGCUGGAGCUUCGACUUUCCCAGCCGCAUCGAGCGCCUUCUCUGGCGCAUUUGCUCGCUGCUGCUCUUUGGCAUAACAGUCGCCUUCUGGAUCUUCGAGACAACGGCAUCUUGGGCGCGUCUAGGGCGAUGGAAAACAAUAUACCUGUACCUUUUCAACCGGAAAGCAUUAGCGGCGCACAAGAGGCGCGUUGCCCAACGGAAAGCGACGUUGAAAAGAGAAGCUACACAAUUGCCCCUGCCUUGGGAGUUCGCGACAAUUGCUCCCCUAGCCAUCAUUUAUGGUGUCGCCAGGUUAUAUUUGAUUGGAGAAGCCUUUGCGGAGCUGAGGAAUAUGAAAGGGACUGCAUAUGUCAAUGUAGAUUGGACGUACUUCAUCCCGCAUAUCUGA